AAAAAAAAAAAAACCUAACUUUAAGGUUACAAAAGGGUUUAGGGUUUUUGUCACGUUAGCUUCUGUUUGGCUCCUCAGAAAGUAAUUUUCUCAGAAACUUUCCUUGAAAUGGGUCCUCGAGUAGUGUGCCAAGUCUGCAACGAAGCACAAUCCAAAUACAAGUGCCCCUCCUGCCGCGCACCUUAUUGUUCUGUGCCCUGCUUCAAGAAGCACAAGGAAAACCCAUGCGCUCUUCCAGUUUCUUCCGAGGAAAAACCACCAACUGCAGCUCCAGAGCUACUGGUAGAGAGGCCAUUACUUGUGGAGGAACCGAGCCAAGUGCUGCAAGGGCCGCAACUCGAGGCGAUAGCUUCUUCCAGUGAAAUUCACAGUGCUUUGAAAGAUGAGAACCUUCGGAAACUCAUUUUGAGUAUAGAUUGUUCUCCAGAUGCAGAGAAGGAACUUGAGAAAGCUAUGGGCGUGGACGCGUUUCGCGUAUUUACUGACAAGAUCCUAUCUACCAUCGAGACAUCUUCGUCUUCAGCAAAUGCAAACACAUGAAAAUAUUAUGCUGUCAUCUUGAUCUUCUUCCUCUAGUUUCAAGCCCUUCGUUGGCCGAAGAAUUUUGUAAUCGGGUUCAAAGUUGAAACCAUGGAAAGAUUAAUUUGCAAUCGCCAAUGUAAGUUGAAGAAAAACACUUAUACAUAUAAACAAGUUAGUGUCAGAAUAUAAAUUUCUCUCCGAGUUUAUAUGUUUGGCUAUCAAUCCUCCUGUCUGGAGAAAACUACAACGAAUACAAUCCCGAUAUAUUUGUUUUGUAUAUGUAAUUUUAU